CCUCCCUCCGUCGCCUCUCGGGCCCGUGGGAAGGGGAGGACGGCCCGGGUCGGGGUGGCCCUCGGCAGGCGCCCCGGCAGCCCAGAGGAGCCGGGGCCACGAGAGGGGACGGACGGCCCGAUGGAUGGACGGACGGACGGCCCGACAAGCCCGGCGGCCUCGGCCCUCCUGACUCGGGAGUCACCGGCCCACCAGCCGGCCAUGCCCCCAGUCCCCGCAGACCGAGACCCAUCUCUGGCCGACGAGAUCCUCAGCCACCUGGGCGUCACAGAGAAGACGGCGGCCUGGGGGACCCUGGGCACGGUCCGCCCCUUCCUCGCCUUCAGUGUGGACAGCGACGUGCAAAGGCUUCUCGGAGCCAUCAAGGGCCAAGGGGUGGACCAGGGCACCAUUGUUGACGUGCUGACCAACCGGACCACUGAGCAGCGGCUACACGUCGCCCAGACUUUCCAGGACCGCACUCAGCAGGACCUGCUGAGGUCGCUGGAGGCGGCCCUCUCGGGCAGUCUGGAGAAGGCCGUGGUGGCCCUGCUGAAGCCCGCCGCCCAGUUUGAUGCCCACGAACUGAGGGUGGCGCUGAAGGCUCCGGGCGCUGCCCAGGACACGGCCGUGGAGAUCCUGGCCACCCGCCCCCUGCCCCGACUCCGCCAGUGCCUGGCCUUCUACGAGCACGAUUUCCAAGUGGAAGCUGCGGACGAUGUGAGGUCUGAGGUGGACAGUCCACUCAGAGAACUGCUGCUGGCUCUCGCUGAGGGUGGCCGGGAGAGUUACUCUGGGGUCAUUGACUAUAACCUGAUGCGGCAGGACGCCCAGGAGCUGCAUGAGAAUGAACAGCUGGAUCCUGACGGGGGCUGGAUCCAUCUGUUCACCCAGCGCAGUACUGAGCACCUGAACCGAGUGUUUGACCAGUACAAGGGACUCAGCGGGCAAGAAGUAGAGGACACGAUUAGGGACCGUUUCCAAGGUGAUGCUCAGGUCACUCUUCUCUCCCUUGCAUCCGUGAUCAGGAACACCCCACUGUACUUUGCUAACAAACUCCACCAGGCCCUGCAGGGACCAGAACCUGAUCAUGGUGUCCUGAGCCGCGUCCUCAUCUCCCGCUGCGAGACGGAUCUCCUGAGUGUACGGGCAGCGUUCAGGAAGAAGUUUGGAAAGUCCCUGUACUCCUCCCUCCAGGAGUCGGUGAGCGGGGCCUGCCUCCCGGCCCUGCUGGCCCUGUGUGGGGGUGAAGACUUCUGAGUCCGGGACCGGCGCCCUACCCCACUUCAGAGGGACCCCGAAUGAAGUCUGCCCGCCCCCCACCCCCGACACAGACCCCAAAAUGUUAUCUUCCCUCCCCCCCCCCAACCGAGGCCUAACUGGAGCCCCCCGCCCCCGAAUGAAGAGGUCAUAACGGACGCCUCCCGCCGCCCCUCGAAGUAGGGAAUCAAAGUGGAGCCUUCCCACCCCCCGAGGGGACCAAGAUGAUGCUCCCCUCUUGCACCCCCUCCCCUUCUCGAAUAUAAUAAUAAUAAUGAUGGCAUUUAUU